UGUGUGGGCGGUCGCAUCAAUGAUUACAAAAUUCACAGUAUGACAGUUUUUCGUGUCGCAAAUUGGACAUUAACAAUUAUCUCAGCGCUAUUCGAACUGUUCGCAAUCUAUUUUAUUGUCAAGCUGCUUCAGUCGCACUGUGUCCUGGGCGGCGAGUAUAGUGUCUCAAUAUGGUUCCUCAUAUAUUUUUUACCAGGCAUUACCCUACAUACGAUAUUUUUGGCAAUAUAUCGAAUAUUCUGUAGCAGUCUGGGCCUGGACCCAAUUUCCAUAAUAUUCAACUUGACCUGCGGAACUUUGCUGUUAAUUGCUGCUAGCAUAUUGCUCUACGCUAUGAAGGAUCACUGUGGCAGUGCAACGGCAAAUUAUUUCUAUAUAGCAGGUGUUUUUGGAUUAUUGGCGGGUGUUUGCCAUAUAUGUAACGGCAUUAUGUGCCUAUUUUUUAUACCACUAUUCGAAUUAAAAUUGGCAAAGUGAAGAGCAGAAAAUUGAUAAUCAUGUGCCGAGUAGAACGCUUCUAGCUUGUGAAAAUGGAAUGUGAUACGUAUGACUUGAAGAUAUGACGGCGACAGGGCGCGCAUAUGUAUAUAUCUGGAAUGGCAAGAGAUUAGCUUGUAGAGCUAAGACGCUGAGACGAGAGUGAGAUAAAUAUAUAAAUGUUAUAACUGACUGUUAUAGCUGGACUCAAUCUGAUCAAGAAUAUAUAUGUUUUAGUAAUCCCAUCUGCCCAUCAAGUUCAGGACUCAAAAUUAAAAGCAUUUUCCAAUGAGGUGUUGAAUGUGCACGUAAAGCUUUGCCAGCAACUUGUCUUUGAUCAAAGAAAAACUUUUGGUUUCAUUCCAUAUUUGCUUCACUUAAACUGAUUAAAUUAAAGUUAAGCGAAUUGAUUAAA